AUGGGUCACCUAAAUAUAAUAGUCGGGGGCGAUGCGAACGCAAAGAGCACCUGGUGGGGUAGCUCAAUCAUCGACAGCAGGGGGGAAGAAGUUGCUGGCAGCUUCGAGGACAUGGGCUUGCAGGUACUCAACACCGGCAAUACUCCGACCUUCGACACCAUCAGAGGAGGAAAGCAGUUCACCAGCUUCGUUGACCUCACAGCCUGCUCGGAGGGACUCCUUGGUCUAAUUGAGGACUGGAGAGUCGAGAGCGGCAUCACGAGCUCGGACCACAACGGUAUAGUUUUCAAAAUUAAAUUAGAAAAAUCAAAAGGUAUAAAUAUCAACAGGCAAACUAGAAUAUUCAACACCAAAAAAGCCAAUUGGAGUCAAUUUCGUGAGAAAUUGGCCCAAUUGGAAGAAGAACAUCAAAUCAAUAUUAUAGAAAUAAACAAAAUCAAUAACAUAACAUCUUUAGACCAGUUCAUUCAAAAUUAUAUUAAUAACAUCAUUAAAACAAGUCGGGAUACAAUACCUAAAAUUAAAAAUAGUAGCGUAGUCAACUUACCGUGGUGGUCAACCGAGCUCGUCGAGAUGAAGAAAGAGGUCAACACCAGGAAACACCGCAUACGUUGCGCUGCACCGAUCCGGAGACAAAAGGUCGUUGAUGAGUGA